CACACACACACACACACACACACAUUGUUAGAGAUACAUUCGGGCGCACGCACUGUGGGAGAUACACACAAACACAUAUAUCCACACACACACGCUGUGACCAUGCUGUGGAUUUCCCUGGUGUGGACCGUUGUGUUUGGGCGCUGCUGGCUCGCCCGCUGUCACCAGCUGACCGCAGAAGACCGGGACGAGAUCGUGGAGACGCACAACCACUUCCGCUCGCUGGUGUGGCCCGGCGCCGCCAACAUGCGAAGGAUGAGCUGGGAUGACUCGUUGGCGCUGGUGGCGGCUGGCUACGCUACCAAAUGCGUGUGGGAACACAACCCGGACCUGGGGGACCUGGGGGAGAACCUGUAUGCCACCUCUGGGCCUUUCAACGCCAGCAAGGCCAUCACCGGCUGGUACCUGGAACACCUGGACUACAGCUAUCACAACGACUCCUGCCCAGAGGACAAGCUCUGUGGCCACUACACACAGGUGGUGUGGGCAGAAACAACCUUGGUGGGCUGUUCCACUCAUCUCUGUGAGAAAGUGGUUGGGCUGACGUUCACUGGCGUCACCAUGCUCGUCUGUGACUACUCCCCGGCGGGUAAUGUUCUUGGAGAGUUGCCCUAUGAGGAGGGAGAGCCGUGCUCUAAUUGCCCAGAGGACUUACAGCACUGUGAGAAGAACAUCUGUGUGGCUGAGUCCCCAGCGGUAACCGAGGGAACGGCGGGAGACCCCCCGCCUGGCACCGACAGCCCCUCCCCCUCUGAGCACUCCACCACAGAGAGCCCCAGCAGGGAGGCGGACGAAAGCGCCGCCCCCACAGACGCGGGACGGCCCCACAGCGACACGUCCUCCCCGCCCCUCAGCGAUGACGAUGAAUCGGAGGAGAACGGCGAGAGAGAGGAGGACAUGGAGGUGGAGGUGGAGUCGGAACGGAGUGUGGAUGGAGGGAUGUCUCUCUGUUCAUCCGCACUGCUGUUAGCGACCCUGCUGCUGCUCACACUGUGAGCAUCCACACACACACACACACUCACACACACACACACACACACACUCACAC